AUGGAUGAAGCUGGAGUCUUAAAGGGCAUAAGAAGGCCAAUCCUAUUCCUUAUGCAACGCGAAGGCCUUAACGGGAACAUGCAGUUAACGAGUAAGAGCGUUGGUGGUCUAUCCCCUCCCGAAAGGGAUGCCGCUUAUUCCGUGCGUGUUGCUGGAAGAACAGCACUCUUGGUAGGAGGCCGACUAAAUUUUGGUUGCUGA